AUGGACAGCUAUGCCAUCCUACCUGGCAGUACCCCAAUGAAUGAGUUGGUUCGAGCUGCCCUAGUAAAACUAGGAUAUAGUCCUGCAGAAGCCAUGGGAGCAAAAGGAGUGAUACAACUGAAGAACUGGAAAGCAUUGCCAUUUGAAAGCAUUACAGAUAAUUUGCAAUCUACAAUUGAUCACAUCCUAGGAGACUUGACUUCAGUUGCAGUUCUACGUAUACGGCUAUCCAGCCAACCCAAACUGAAUUCCACUGAUGAUGUAAAGGACAAGCUUCUCCAACUCCUCAUCAGUCAGUCCCAUGGGAUGCUGCUCAACUCUGGAUGCCCCAUUGAAAAGAAUUUUCUGCUUUCUUUAUCCAAGGGAGAAAAACUGACCACCAUAUCUGAAGAAAGACGCCAGGCAUUCAACAAUUGGUACAAGGAACAAAUCCGUAGAUCUUCUAUGGCUUUACGGGAGAAUCAGCUGAAAUUAGUCUCCCCUGUGUCCAUCAACUCAUCCCUAGUUGAUGGCCAUGGACCACGACUUGGUCCAUUACCUCCUAACUCUGUCCUUAAACCUCCUCAAUGCAUCUCUCCAUCAAACAACUCAGCAGUUGUAUCAACAACAGCUACAACAUGUGGCACAACCACAAUCACCACACCUUCACCUGCACAAUCACCUCCUUAUGCUCUGUCUCAUGGCAGGACACGGAUGCGCACAUCUUUUGACCCCGAACAUGAGAUCCCCAGGCUUCAACGAUGGUUUCAGCAGAAUCAGCACCCAACACGAGAGCAAAUGGUGCACUAUCUGAAUGAGCUCAAUUCCUUGGAAUCCCGCAAAGGGCGCAAACAGUUAGAUCUGACCAACAUUAUUUACUGGUUCAAGAAUGCCCGUGCUGCUUUGCGCCGGGCUAGUAAAAACCUUGAAGACAGCCUCGAAGGUGUUGAAGAAAAUGCAAAUGGUGACACGUAUGGGAACACAACAGAUUCUUUACCUUAUCUCCCUAACCGCAAUGCAAUUUACAUUGUGCCUCACCCUCUCCACACAACUUAUACUAAAGACUGUGGCAAUGCUAUGGAUAUGACCACAGGCCAUCAUCAGGAUGAUGGUAAGCCAUUAGAUGUGAGUCAAAAAAAGAUGGAUUCCCUAAAAUCAUCUGAAGCAUCUUCCCCACCCAUCCCGCUCCCUCGUACCUCAUCUGAUGAUAAUAUGAAAGACAAAUUGGACAAUAACAAGUCUUAUGCGCCAUCAGAUGAGAGUGGCGUGAAUCUAGCUCCUCCACGGGAUAACCUGGAGAACCUUGGCCCCAAGGAAGACAACACAUAUAACAAUACAAGGUUCCGUGACAGCCUUGAGAGCACUAGCUCCAAAGAAGAGAGCGCCUCCUACAACCACUCAGGUGUAAAAGAAGACCUCCCUUACAACCACACAGGUAGUUCAAAAGAGAAUGAUGAAGGUGUCAUUCACAACCACAAAAAGUUUAAGGAUGAGGAAAUGGACUGCGAUGAUGGUGACUCAUCUAUUGAUGAUAAUCGAUCAUUAGACAUCAACUCUAUGUCUAGUCAAGACGUUGAUCAGUUUAACAUAGUGGUCAAGCAAGAGAUUGAUGACAGUAAGUCACCAGACAGUGUGAACAUGAAGCCAAUGUCCGGUAGUGGCCUUGCACAGACCCUGCAGGUCCCUGGCCACAUGACACAUGGCGGCCUGCCCAUGCAUUACCUCCCUUACAACGCCCAAUUGAGAGAAGUGGGAGAAGCAAUUUGCUCUCCUGAUUUCUUAAAGAAAUUGCUGACAUCAUCGGUCAAGCAAGUUGCAUGUAUGUUUAACUUCUCUUUCUCUCCCUCCCCCCAAUCUUAUCAAUCCCGGUCAGCCAUCACCUUCUUCUUUUACCAUUUUUAUGCAACCAAUGUUUGUUUCUCUUUGUUAAACAAACGCUAA